AUGCCCACCACACCGAGUGAAGCGAUGGUGGUACGGGACCGUUUCACGAUCGAGAAGUGGUCUAGGAAGAAGCCGGAGGAGGAGGGUGACUUUUCUUGCCCUGGCUCCCUCCAUAGUGAUACUCCCCCUACAUGCCAACAUCUAUCUCAUCUGGCGAGUGUUACCGGGUUCGUGGUUAUGGGCGGCUGGAUGUACGUUCGGUGGAUGGUGAUGGUUGUGGGUGUACGAUCUGGACGUGGAUUGAAGGAUCGUGGGUCUUUCAAAGGGAUGUGUACUCUACAUGAUUCUGAGGAUUUGCACGUACAGCAAGGAGAGACAGCUAUCUUUGUCCGAGCCCGUACAGCAGUACAGUACUACCUGGCUGCACAGAAACCUUUUUUGCAGUCCGGUGGAUCAAUACAUCCAAGAUACAGGGCUAGGGGUCUCUUCUGGGUUUCUCCGUUUGAUGUACUCGAAAUAUCCAAGCGCCAAUCAACGUCCUCUCUCCCCUCUGUCUCUAGAUUCCCUACUUAUGUCGGUGCGGUGAGCGAGCAGCUAUCAGGACAGCGAGAGGCAGUAGUGGCUUCACUUUUAUCUAUGGUUUGGGUUUGA